AUGGCGGAACACAACAUUGUUGUCUUUGCGGGCGACCACUGCGGCCCAGAGGUCAUCGCUGAGGCAAUCAAGGUCAUCAAGACAGUCGAGAAGCUGAGCCCGACUGCUGGCAAGUUCAAUCUGCAGGACCACCUGCUCGGAGGGUGCUCAAUCGACCAGACCGGCUCCCCCCUCACCGACGAGGCCCUCGCUGCCGCCAAAGCCGCCGACGCCGUGCUCCUCGGCGCCAUCGGUGGCCCUGAAUGGGGCACCGGCGCCGUCCGCCCGGAGCAGGGUCUCCUGAAGCUGCGCAGUGAGAUGUGCGCCUACGGAAACCUCCGUCCCUGCUUCUUCGCGUCCGACGCUCUCGUCGAGUCCUCCCCCCUGAAGGCGUCCGUCUGCCGCGGCACCGACAUGAUUAUCGUCCGCGAGUUGACUUCGGGCCUGUAUUUCGGAGAGAGAAAGGAGUACGAUGGAACCAAUGCGUUCGACACUACCGUUUACACGAAACCCGAAAUCGAGCGUAUCGCGCGGUUGGGCGGUAUCCUGGCCAGGAAGAGGGGAGACUCGCGGGUUAUCUCGCUAGACAAGGCAAACGUGUUGGCGACAAGCAGACUCUGGCGUACUGUCGUUGAUGAGGUCUACAAGAACGAGUUCCCUGACCUCAAGGUUGAGCAUCAGCUUAUUGACAGUGCGGCUAUGAUCAUGGUCAAGAACCCGACGCAUCUGAAUGGCGUCCUGUUGGCGCCUAACUUGGCUGGUGAUAUUCUUAGCGACGAGGCGAGCGCCAUCACUGGAAGCAUAGGACUCCUCCCCAGCGCAAGUCUCUGCGGAGUGGGCACUGCAGUGCCUUCUAUUUGCGAACCUAUUCACGGUAAGCCUUCUUUCUUUUUCAAACCCUCAUGUGGAUAUCAGUCGCUAACGCAGAUGACAGGGAGCGCGCCGGACAUUUCAGGCAAGGGUAUUGUGAACCCCAUUGGCACCAUCCUUUCCGUCGCCAUGAUGUUCCGGUACUCUCUGAACCUCGGCCACGAGGCCAAACUCAUCGAGGACGCCGUCCGCGUCGCCAUCGACGCCGGGCUAAGAACCAAGGAUAUGGGCGGCAACACGAGCACCGCCGAGGCAGGAGAUCUGAUCGUCGCUGAGCUGUCCAAGAUUCUCAAGGCGUGA